CUGUGGGCGGGGAGGAGGGACACUUCCUGUGUGUAUUAGGUGACAGCCAGGUCGGCUCCUGGGUCAGUAUGCAAGCAGCUAGAACCAUGGCAAAAUUCCGCCUGGGCCUAGUUCAGCUCUUUGUGUCUCCUGUAAAAGCAGAUAAUCUGAAGAAGGCAUCCGAGUUGGUAAAACAGGCGGCCCAGCAAGGAGCUCAGAUUGUAGCUCUGCCGGAAUGUUUUAAUUCUCCGUACGGAACCAAAUUCUUUCCUGAAUAUGCUGAGAAGAUUCCAGGCGAAUCUACACACAUGUUGUCCGAAGUAGCCAAGGAGUGUGGAAUCUAUCUGAUUGGAGGCUCUAUACCAGAGGAGGAUUCUGGGAAAUUGUACAACACCUGCACUGUGUAUGGUCCUGAUGGAACAUUGCUGGUAAAGCACAGAAAGGUGCACCUCUUUAAUAUUGAUGUUCCAGGGAAGAUUCGAUUCCAAGAAUCAGAAACACUCACCCCUGGGGAAUGCUUUUCUGUGUUUGACACACCCUAUUGCAAGAUUGGAGUGGGCAUCUGUUAUGACAUCAGGUUUGCUGAACUCGCCCAGAUAUACACGAAGAAAGGUUGUCAGUUAUUGGUAUAUCCCGGAGCAUUUAACAUGAUAACAGGACCUGCACAUUGGGAGCUGCUGCAGAGAGCACGGGCUUUGGACAAUCAAGUCUAUGUUGCCACCGUGUCUCCAGCCAGAGAUGAAAAAGCCUCCUAUAUAGCUUGGGGACACAGCACUGUGGUCAGUCCAUGGGGAGAAGUCAUUGCUAAGGCUGGGGCAGAUGAAACCAUCGUUUCCACAGAUAUAGACUUGCAAUACCUCGCUGAUAUCCGUCAGCAAAUACCAAUUCAUAGCCAACGUCGCCAUGAUCUCUACAGUGUGGAGGAGAAGCCCAAAUAAACUCCUUAGAUGUCAUUUUUUCUUUACACAAAUUGUAUUCCUGAUCAGAACUGUGAUUAUUUAUAAGGACUUAAUAAGGAGUAUAUAGGUUGUUGGAAAAUAUAUCUGUGAUUAAAUGUAAAUUCUCUCACUGAGUAAAGAGGAGCUCCAGAGUUUCCAUACUUGCAGUUCCUUGAUCAUCCAGAGGAGGGCGACGAUCAUAAUGCAUCAGAGUGGUGGGAGAUAUCCGAAUUCAUCACUGUAAUGUAUGGUGGGAACGUUUGUACUGCGUCCUCACAACCAUGUAACAGAUUAGUGAAUGGGCUUAUUUAGUACAACAGAGAGGAAUAUGAAAAGCACAUUAUUUUUCAAAUAAACCAAUAAGCAUUAAUCUUUCUGGCUACUUUGAACUGAAGAAAGGAAGAAUGUGAUUGGUUGGUAUGGUUCUUUGCAUAUUUACCAUAUGUGACUUUUUUCCUCCAGUCAAUGCUAGUGCUUAUUUUAUCCCAAUAGAAUACAGCUUUUUAUUUCACAUAUAGUAUUUUUUGUCCCCCAUACAUUUCAUCUUCAAUGAAAAUAAAAGUUUGUUAAGUGCCUUUUAUACAGUGGAUGAUUUUUAUACACCUAGUUUUAUUAUUUCUCUUCACCUCUGACAGUCUUCUCUGAAUAGAUGGCAAGUGUGACAACAUAACCUCUGUAUUCUCUGAUUACCAACUGUUACUAUUAAAAUGUAUAUUUUGUGCUGAU